UCAACAAUAGUCGAGAGGCGGGCAACUCGGCAGCACGUCAUCUCUGCAGUAGAGCAUUUGAUUACAAGGUUCAUUGAGUACCUAGGUAGUUGUUAAGAGCGCAGCUGUAGCUGGUACCUAUACGCCGAAAACACUGAUAAAUAAUAGCAGGAAAGGCCCCGUCAAGUCAGAUUGACUCGAGCAGCCGGAUACAAUCAAGCGAAUCAAAGACUUCAGGUUUUCAAGUACCACUCCUUUUCGUCAUUUCGCAUUCACGCGAGUCCAGCAAUGGCUUCAUCUACUAAGUCUACCGAUGGGCUCAAAAUCACCUUCUAUACCAGUUACCUCUGUCCGUACGCGCAGCGUUCCCACAUCGUUCUCGAAGAACUUGGACUGCCGUACGAGAUAGUUCAAAUUGACCUAGGUGUGCCACGUCCGCAAUGGUACCUUGACAUCAACCCUCGUGGACUGGUUCCCUCGCUCAAAUGUCAAGUCGAAGGCGCUGGUGACGAGGAAAUCCUCACUGAAUCUCUUAUCGUCUCGCAAUUUCUUGCCGAUAGCUUUCCCUCAACACUGUUACCCGCCACUCAAGCCGAUGCUACUGCGCCUCUUCGUCGAGCCCGCAUUGCUUUCUUCAUCGACACAUGGGCCACAAAAGUUAGCUCGCAGCAGUUCGGUAUCAUGUUGAACGACGACGUCUCCGAGAAGGAGCGGCUCGCCGGAGAAUGGGCCAAAGCUGUGGAGAAGGAGAUUGAACCACUGCUCGCUGAUGCGAAGCCUUUCUUCGGCAACAGUGACGAGUUCUCCUUUGCUGAUGCGAUGGUCGCGCCCUUUGUGGUACGUUGGGAGGCGCUCUCGCAGGAUGGCAGUCUCGUCCCCACCAGUUUCUGGGAGAGGGUGAAUGUCCUGCCCAACUUCAGUCGCUGGGCAAAAGCGAUCCAGGCCCGACCAAGUGUGGCCAGCACAUUUGAUGCAGCUACGAUUGUCGCGAACUCGAAGAAGAUGGUGGAGAAGCGAAAGGCUGCGGCUGCGCAAAAAUGAUGUCAACUUGCGCGGAUCUGAAGCAUUGUGGCAGCGCUUUCAGAGCGGGAUUCUGUAUCCAGCAACGCUUCAAAUUUCAAAUUAUUAGUCUGUGAUUCUAUCUCUGAGCAGUGUUCGAUGCGAUCAAAGCCGAUCUACAAUAUGAAAUAUGAUUUGAUCGACCAGGACCUGGAAGAUACAGUAGAGAUUCUAGGUGGAUUGUCCAGGUCGUCACACGCGCGCAGGCGGGCUUCCGCUUUGGGUCUAGUCCGGUCGACGAUCGGCUUUCUUGAAUUGCAUCCCAGGUGCUCAUGGCCCGAAGUGCUCCAACCU